AUUUCUUAUAUGUUAAAUUAAAGUGCAUCUUUCCAGAUUAGUGAAAAUAAUUUGGAUGAAUCAAAUAGAGGAACAAAAACUUUUCAUUGUAAAUCCAGAUAAUAAGAAGGCUAAAAACAAAAAAUAUCAAGUGAAUGCGACUAUUAGUAACAAGAAACUAUAGUUAGAAAUGUAAAUAUCAUCUUUUCUAAGUUAUAGUAAAAGUAACAAUUUAAAAGAAAGAAUAAUGAAUUCGAUUCAGUCACUUGUGUAAAAAAUAUAAUAAGCUUAUCUCUAAGUGUUCUUGAAGAAGAACUUCAAAUUAUUCAUGAAUUACAGAAUCCAAAAGAUUAAUAAUCAGGUUUAUAAUUGUCAGUUUUAGACUAAAAUGAUAUUGAAUAAUUUUAGUUGCCUCCUAGUGUUCAAUAAAUUUCAUAACCUAACAAAAAAUCACAAAAAAAGUUAAAGAACAAAAAAAAUAAAGUUGAUUAAUAAAAAAAAACACAAAAAAACUAAACUCUAACAUAAAAGUAGAAUCAUUAACAACCUUAGAUCGAAUAGUAGAAUAAUGAAAAAUAAUGUAAUUAGAUAUCUCCUCAAUUUUUUCAUAAAAUGAAAUCCUAAACAAAUUAAUAAAAAUAAGAAAUAUUACAUAGUUUGAAUUAAAUAGAGAACCUAGAGCCAAAAUUUAAGAAUAAUAUAAAUGAAUUGGAUGCUUAAUUGACACAUGUAUUUAAAAAAAAAAUAUUAUAGAUUGGUGCUGUAAGUACAACAACAGGAAAUUCCUAAUCAGAGUCAGAUGAUUGUUAAUUGUAGUAGGAUGAUAACAAUCAAAAAGAUUUAAGUAAUCAAAAAUAAAGCAAUAGGGGGGGAUAUAAAAAAAAAAAUAACAAUAACAUAGAAAAAGUUGGAAACAAAUAAUAUCCAUAUUCUUCACAAAGUACACCUAUAAAGCGUAAACAAUUAAAUUUAAAUAAACCUAAAACACAUGAUAUAGACGAGUUUAUAAAUAGUAUACAAAUAAAAAGUUUUUAAAAUAAAAUACGAAAACGAAUAUGUUUUAAUAGAUUACAUCAUAUAAUUUUUAUGAAUUCAGACCUUAAUAUAUAUGCUUAUGGAUCAUUCGAAACAGGAUUAGAUUUAGAAGUAAGUGAUGUUGAUAUAGGUAUUUGGGGAACAUAAACUUUGAGUUACAUUUAGAUUGUUAACUUUUUACAAUCAAUAAAUUAAAUUUUAAAAUAGACACCAUUUUUAGUGAAGUCAAAGUAUGAAUAUAAGACAAAGUAUUAGAUUAAUACAAAGUCAUAUUCCAAUACUAAAAUUAGAGUUGAAUCCUAAGACUGAGUUUUAUAAUGAUGAUGCUUACAUCCAAUAAAAUUGGUAAAGUUUUCAUUUAGAUGAAUAAGAUCCUGGUAUGUUAAACUGUUAUCAUAGGCAAAAUCAUUUAAGUUGAUUUAACAUGGAUUUAUUAAUGGAGUAACAUAUAUAAUAAUCCUCAUUUGGGGUUUGCUUCAACUACAAUUAUAAAAGAUUGGGUUAAUAGAUUUUAUUGGUAUAGAGAAACAAUGUUAAUUUUAAAGUAUUUGCUAAAAUCAAAAAAUCUAAAUGAUGCUUACACAGGUAUAAUUUAUUAUAAUAACUAUUUUAGGAGGAAUAUCUUCAUUUUGUUUAGCAAUAAUGUUAGCUGCUAUUUAUAUGUGCAAACAUUAUACUUAAAAUGAUAAAAAAUAAAUUCUUCUUGAUUUUUUAAAAAAGUAUGCAACUUAAUUUGAUCCCUAAAGAGAAGGCAUUUAUAUAGAUGCUUAUGGGUACAAAAAUUAUCUAGUAUAGGUAAUAAAACCCAUUUAUAACCUUGGAUGAAUGUCCACCUUAUAAUCCUCUCACAAUAUACUCACCAAUUAAUUACUAAAUAAUUUCUCAAAAAGCUAUUAGAUUUCCCGAAAUUUAGGAAUCAUUUAGAAAAUUGUAUGAACAUUUAAUGAAGUCUAAUAAAAUUUAAGAUUACUUUGAUGCCCCUUAAUAAGUGAAUUAAUAAUUAUUUAUAUGA